ACUCCGGUUAAUUGGUUUAUCCCUUGCAUUUCGUCCCAGUCUAUGCAUGGUCGACCAUACCCUGUUUACCUCGCGGGACAAUGUCCGUCAAUGACCGUCGCGCCAGUUACAUGAGCGCACCACGACCCCGCGUUUCCUCGAAUCGCGUCGGUGAUGCUGAACGAGCCGGUUUGCGCAGCGGUGCGUCCCCAUUGCAAUCGGAAUAUAUAGACCACCGUGGAAGCACGUCGAGCCAGAAGAACAAAGUUCCUCGAGAACAACGAGACAUGAUGAGCGAAAAACGUACCGAACGAAUGGCACCCCAUUCUAAAGAUAAAGUUCAAGUCCGCGCGAGGAACCCAGUCAAAGAGUCUUCCAACGCAGGAAAUAGAGGAGAUUGGGAAAGGUCACGAUCAAGGAGGGUUACGCAGACUGAGGGUUCUAGUCCCAAUAUGCGAAAGAAAGAUAAGGAACCGGUGGAAUCGCUAUGGAAUCCGCAUGCCUCAUUAAUACCCCAUUCGACAGCGCCAUUGGCCACUCGCGUGUCGGUUCCUCCUCUUGCUUCAACCUUGCCCCAAUCGCUUCAUCCGACACCCCUUCGUGAACUUUCUGUCGAUGCACAAGAGAGGGCCCUGCUGGAAGACCUGCUAUUCGUGUUUAUGGGGUUUGAAGGGCAGUACAUCCAUUAUCACGGUGGAUUCGAUCCGUCCGUGGAGAAGGACCGCUUGACUGGUCCCGUAUUUCAAUUACCAUCAGGCGUGGAUCCAACUUUAAGGGACCUCACUCUGUCCAUGUUGAAAAUGGCGACUCAUUACAGUGCUUUGGAGGCGUUUGUGGAAGUACAGAGCCGUGCCGAAUAUGGGGCAGUCAGCCAUGCCUUAUGCGCGGCAAUCCGGAAGCUCUUGAAGGACUAUCUCAUCCUCGUUGCUCAGCUUGAGGGCCAAGUUGUGAACAAUCCAAGCUUUACGCUACAUCUUCUUCACUUACAUACCAUGCCGACAAGCCAGUGCUUAACCCAGCUAUACUCAUUGGGCCAGGAAUUACUUCGGCGGAACGGACUUCUAGAUCAAGAUCUCGACGAAUCUAUCGAUGAUUUCGGUGAUGUGGAUAAUAUUCUCGAACAGCUCAAAGAGGGUGGUGAUCUUGUCCCUGGGGCCAUGUCUAGCAAGAAGCUCUGUAAAGGAGGCAACGUUAUUCGGCUGCUAACUGAACGAUUAGCAACCUUUUCUGGAGACCCGACCACGAAGAUUCUCCUAGAAAAGUUGCUUCGUGAAGCUAGUCGACCUUAUAUGAUCAUGCUCAACGAGUGGCUCCAUCAUGGAGGCAUCAAGGACCCUCACGCGGAGUUCCUCGUGAAAGAGCAGAAAUGGAUCAAACGUGAAAAGCUCGAGGAAGACUACACAGAUGAAUAUUGGGAGAAACGCUAUACGGUUCGCGAGAACGAAAUUCCCCCACAGCUAGACAGCGUGCGAGACAAAGUUCUACUGGCCGGAAAGUACUUAAAUGUGGUGCGUGAAUGCGGUGGUGUUGAUGUCAGCAAAGCAGUUAAGGAUGUGCCAAAGACUCUUGAUGAUCCCCGCUUCCUAGAGAACGUCAAUGCAGCCUACACCUAUGCCAAUGCCUCUUUAUUGAACUUACUUUUAACGAAAAACUCUCUUACUACUCGCUUCCGCUCCCUCAAACAUUACUUUUUCUUGGACCGGUCCGAUUUUUUUUCCUAUUUCCUUGAACUUGGUGCCUCGGAGCUUCGCAAGCCGGCCAAAAGUGUCAAUGAGAAUAAGCUGCAGUCAUUACUUGAUCUUGUUCUGCGUCAGCCGGGCAGCAUAGCCGCACAAGAUCCUUUUAAGGAAGACGUCAAAGUUCGAAUGAACAAAAUUGGUCUUACGAAAUGGCUGAUGCAGGUCGUAAGUGUCUCUGGGAUUGAUCAGGACAACCCUGAGGCAGCGAUCGAGAAAUAUCAGGCGCCCCAAACGCAAGGUGGAGAUGAUGACAAGGAUAUAGUUGGAUUCGACGCUCUCGAACUGGAUUACUCUGUCCCUUUCCCCCUAUCUUUAGUCAUCAGUCGCAAGACAGUUCUGCGAUAUCAGCUCAUCUUCCGUCAUCUCCUAACACUCCGUCAUCUGGAACAUCUCCUAGUCACAGCCUGGCUAGACCAAAACAAGGUUCUUGGCUGGCGCCACAAAUCCACAGACCGGAGGCUAGAGAUGUGGAAACGACGAGCAUGGAAUUUACGCUCGAAGAUGCUUGUGUUCGUUCAGCAGCUUCUCUAUUUCUGUACGGCCGAAGUCAUCGAGCCAAACUGGCAGAAUCUCAUGGAUCGAGUUAACGGGACUGAUGCGGAUGGGUCUGAGGUGACCGUGAAUGGCACAAAGCAAGUCAACCGGACUGUGGAUGAAUUGAUGCAGGAUCAUGUGGAUUUCUUGGAUACAUGUCUCAAGGAAUGUAUGCUGACACAGGCUAAAUUGCUCAAGGUUUGUCAGGUUGUUUCAAUACUACACCCAUUGGUACUAAUUACAGUCCAGAUUCAUUCUAAAUUGAUGACUUGCUGUACCAUGUUCGCAUCCUGGACUGCAUCGCCUCUUGCUCGAGCGUUGGCAACGGCUGACCCAGACCUCACGGGGAACAAAGCCCUAAACCCGGAUGGAAGGGGGUUUGACCCUACGCGGAUUGGCAAGCUUGAGGACACACUAAAAAGAUACGAAGAUCAUUUUAGUCGACAUCUGCGUAUCUUGAUGGACAGCCUGAAUUAUUUUGCUGCUACUGAAAGUGUUGUGCUCCUGAAACUUGCGCAUGCCCUAAGCUCGAUUAGCAGGGAUGACUGAGACAGUUCCACACGCUUAGUUAUCGAAGCCGAUCUAAUGAUACGACUGGAUUCCUGGGAAAUGGUCGGGUACCAACCCAGUGACGACCGGGUUUACUGUGGUGGUCUUUGGAAAUAGGCCCAACUUUAAUGGAACACCUUGGUUCAUCGCUACUUGGCCAUCAAGGGUCUUCCUGAAAGGUGGAACAGACCUUACUGGGAUGACACCACUAGCUGAUAACCUCGAAAUCAACCUGGCAUUACAAGGAGGGGGCGUAUUGGCUCUUUGGGACUAAAUGGUUCAUAUUUUUUUAGCAUGGAGGGAGAAUUUGAGGCGAUACCUUGUUAUGGAUUUUUAAAUACCCCGGUGAGGAUUAUUGAUCUGAUUAUAUAUGUUACGGGACAGUAUUAAAUGGAUAUACGGG